CGCGGGUCAUUGUAGUCGUCGCGCGCAUCUCCCAGCACUCCCUUCGCUUCCUCUCUUGAUUUUUCCUCCACGCCCUUAGGCGUUUAGCUCACAGCUGCACUGAACGCGUAGAGAGGACUGCAGGUCCCGUUUGCGUGCUCACCGGCGACUCUUUCCCUCCCCCGUACAAGCGUGAAACAGCCGCUCUCUGAGGCUUUUCCCCUCACUCCUCCACUUCGCGCCACCGCGACCGACCCAUCGCUUCUCAACAUGUCAGGCGAAGACGCACCCGCACAGCAGCAGAACGCCGAGGAGCAGAAACCGCAGCAGCAGGAUGGCGAGCCCAAGAACGAGUCUCCCCAAACCGAGAACAAACCGGAGGCAACGCCCGCUGAAUCUGUCGCUGCUGCAGCUUCAGCCGAGGCGGCUGCGGCGCCCGCGGACAAACCCGCCGAGGAGGACACGUUCAGCUACCGCGCGCUCGUGCUCACAGGCUACGGCGGCUACGACAAAGUGAAGCUGCAGGUGAAGAAAGGAAAGCCGGCGCUCAAGAGCGGAGAAGUGAUGGUGCGCGUCAAGGCGUGCGGCCUCAACUUUGCCGACCUCAUGGCACGCCAGGGGCUCUACGACCGUCUCCCGUCUCCGCCAGUCACACCGGGAAUGGAGUGCUCGGGGAUCAUCGAGGCCGUCGGUGAAGACGUGACAGACAGAAAAGUGGGUGAUAAGGUGCUGGUUCUGAACCGCAGUGGUCUGUGGCAGGAAGUGGUCGUGGUCCCCACCUUGCACACCUUCCCCAUGCCCGAGGGGAUGAGCUUCGAGGAGGCGGCCGCUCUACCAGUCAACUACGUCACCGCUUACAUGAUGCUGUUUGACUUUGGCCACCUGCGUCCCAACCAGAGUGUGCUGAUCCACAUGGCUGCAGGAGGGGUGGGGAUCGCUGCCACUCAGCUCUCUAAGACGGUGAAGGAGGUCACUAUUUUUGGAACUGCCUCCGCCAGUAAGCAUGAGGUCAUCAGCGAGGGAGGAGUCACGCACCCCAUCGACUACCGCACACGGGACUAUGUAGAGGAGGUUCGCAAGAUCAACCCCAAAGGGGUGGACAUUGUCCUGGAUCCUCUGGGUGGCUCUGACACCCAGAAGGGCUACAACCUGUUGAAGCCAAUGGGCAAACUCAUCAGCUACGGUGCCGCCAACAUGCUGUCUGGUCAGAAAAAGAACCUGUUUGCUGUUGCUAAAACCUGGUACCAGCAGUUCACUGUUCACACCCUGAGUCUGUGCCAGAACAACCGCGCUAUCUGUGGCUUUCACCUGGGCUACCUGGACUCUGAGCUCGUCGUAGACGUCAUGAACAGCUUGCUGGAGCUGUACCAGCAGGGCAAGAUCAAACCCCGCAUUGACUCCACCUACCACUUCGAGCAGGUUGGCGAUGCCAUGCGUAGGAUGCAGGAGCGGGGCAACAUCGGCAAAAUCAUCCUCACCACUGAGCCAAUGAAGGAGGAGCCCAAGAAGGAGGAGGCCAAGAAAGAUGAGAAGGAGAAGAAGGAGGACAAGAAGAAGGAAGACAAGAAGAAGGAAGAGAAGAAGAAGGAUGAGGCCAAGAAGGAGGAGAAGAAGGAAGACAAGAAGAAAGAGGAGCCCAAGAAGGAGGAGAAGAAAGCUGAGGAGAAGAAGGUGGAGGAGAAGAAGGAAGAGGCCAAGAAAGAGGAGAAUUGAGAGUUGGGCAGAAGCUAGGCAGGAAAUUGGUGGCUGUGAAUUGUUUGUCUUGGGAGUAUGGGAUCAUUUGAGUCUGUGUUGAGUGUGUGUGUGUGGUGUCGGGAAGUACAGCGUAGUUCAGCUCUCGGCUCAACCCCAGGCAAUUACUCUAGCCUUAAAUCAUCAUCUUUUACUGAAAUCUGUAAUUGUUUAUCCAGCCUUCUAUAAGUUGAGAACUCAAAAGCUGCUCACUAACACACACACACACGCAAUGCACACACACAAACAUAUAUACACACACACACACACACAGUGUAACAGGGAUAUACCACUUUGUCACUAUUUUUCUCUUGUUAUUUUUCCUGUGUUCAUGCACUCCUGUACUCUGUGCUCUUACUAAUCUUUAACUGCGUGCCUUUUGAGGUAUGCUGGAUCAGUAUUACACUGCCAAAUCCACUACUCGAUCACUUUUCCGCUCCCCAUCCUCUCCACUCCGACAUACUACUAAUCUCUCGAGCAUUCGUCCUUUUACCAUUUAAUAUUUUUUUGGCUUGAGUGCAUUUGACCCGAUGCUUUUUGUCAUAGCUGCCUACCCACAAAGGGUUAUGGGUAAAUGCCAGGGUUGAGCAAGAGUCCUGUUGCCGUGACUAGUGUUCCAUGUGUGUCCUGUCCCCUGAUCCCAAACCCCUACUCGUCUCCACAAUUACAUCUAUUCUCCCCUUAGUGAUCCUUUUCUCCUUAUUGGACCAGACUCUUUGACGGAGAAGUCAAUCACUGAGCCCCACCCACAUCAUUUCCCAAGGCAAUAAGGAGGAGUCAGUGUGGUUUCUGAUUUGUUCAAAAUUUCACGUACACCUAUUAAAGCUUGACGAAAUGAUCUCCUAAUUAUGAGGCUGUGCUACAAAAAUGCUAUUUUAAGGCAUACUUUAAAUUUAAAAAAAAAAAAAAAGGCAAAAGAAAUGUAAGAACGUGACCUUAUAGGAUAUCAUGAUUUAUAUCCUGACACACUAUGGUCUUCGCUGUAGUGGCCUGCUCAUGUGUAUAGUCACAAUAUCCAUCACAGUGUACACAAAUUAAAUGAUUCAUCUGUCAUGGAACAUGCUGCCUAGGAUCUUAAACUCUGCUGCAGAGCCGCACUAGUGAAUCGUCUCCCUCUACAAACAGGCAUGCAGACACAUUCUCGAGUUAUUGUGUUAAAGCGGACACGCUAAAACAUUGAGUUCGAGAUAAACCCUGAAAAGUGUGUUAUUCCUGAGCCUCCUCCAGGAUUCCACAUUAUCUGGAGCAUUCCGCUCCGAUCCUUAUGACCGCUGGCCUGUUUCCAGAGUAAUCAUUGUUUUUCUGAUUCUCUGCCUCUCCUUUCUUUCUCUCUCUCUCUCUUGCGUUUUUACCGUCAGUAGUUGGCAUAGCAACAGGCAUUUGGCCAGCAAGUUAUGACAUGGAUUCCCCCCCCAAUACCAAUUACAAUCACACCCACACUUGUUUACACACCUCUCCUACCCCCACCCCACAUUUUUAUUCAAUUAAAUAUUGUUCAAAAUCUCUUUAUAUGCUGAUUUGACAUCCAUUCAGGCUACUGUGUCAGAAGGGCGUAUCCUGGCACCCUUCCAACUCUGAAACCCGUCAAUCAAGCCCACUGACUCCUCCCGGCGUAACUUUAUGCAGCUGUAGUGCUCUACUGCCUCUCAUGAUGAUGUAGAUGCACUGCAGCGACUUUAUUUCCGUUCCUCCGUCAGUGGGUCUGGUUUUUGUCUGCGUGUGAACUGAGUGUGUGUGUGUUGUGUACGGAUGUGGUUGAGAGGUUGCAUGGAUGUAUGUCUCUGUCCUCAGGUCAGUUGUCAGAUUUAGAUGAAAUGUGUCUGUUUUUCUGUCUCUACCUCCCUUAUACUAUGAACUAGCACGUAUGAGCUAGCUUCCUCGCCCCACCUCCUUGCGGUUUUAUCUCUAACAAACAUAACUUGUAAUAUCUCUCUCUCUCACUCUGUCUCUCUCACUCUGUCUCUCUAUCUGUGUGGUGAAUGGCUUGUAUUUGGUUUGGUAUUAUUUGCACUCUGAUUGUGGAUCUUAAUGCACUUACAGGGAUGGCAGUCCCACUCUCAGCCCCACUGUUCCUCAGGAGUCCUCUCCAGUGCUUUUUUGAUGAUAGCAUAUAACUUAGCAUACAUUCUGUGCUCUCUUGCAUCCAUAACCACAUAUACAUGUACUUAUUUUAUUCCAUACACACAUGAUAGUCACAAAUUGUUAGAAACAGAACUUCAUCUCAACCAGUUUGGUCAUUACUGAAAGCUUAUCCAUAGAUCCGAGGAAGAGGUUAUCCAGAAAGCACCGGGAAGGGCGUGGCACUGCCAUCCUUGCCUAAAGAGUGACAGUGUUCUGACUGGAGACCGGCAACUGGAUUCUGAUGCGAGUUCAGUUUCGGGAACAUUCUAGUUCAUAUUCGAUUUAUUUUUUUUGUGUGUGUGUAUCUCUGGUUCUCUCCCUGUGUUCUUGUGAAAAGUGCUUCAGUUCUGAAGUACCACGUGACCCCGACUAACACUCCAGCGAAGGGUGUCUGUCCUCAUUCUCUUACCUUUUUGUUAUAUUGUAUUGUUUUUUUUGUUUUUUUUGUUGUUGUUGCUGUGUAGUCCUACUAUUUGGUUUGAGUGGUUCUAAGUUGAAGGGGCUUCGCUGCACUUCCGUUCAAAUGUGAGGAAUGAUGUUCUGUUGAUCCUGAUUAAGUGUGCCAAACUGUGCUUGAGGCUCUUGCCUUCACUCCAGCUAUCCUUACUACACUGAACGACAAAAAAAAAAAAAGAAGGAACGGCAAGAAUAAUUGCUGGUCGCUUUUAAACCGACUGGCAGUUAAAAAAAAAACAAAAAAAAAAACAAAAAAAUCUCAAACUGAUGUCGUACCUGUCGUGUGUGGUUGAUCGCAUCGCUGAAAUUUACUGGUGCUUAAGAACUCCUGGCUUUUUCGCUAAUCCAUGCAAACGCUGUUUAGGUCUCACUGUGCCGACCGUUAACAAACACCUGGAAUACCUCCACUAAAAAAUACAAAUACACACACGCACGCUGCCCUCUCUGGCUCGCCCUCUCUGGCACACCAGCUCUGCUCGGAAGGGCUGAUCUGUCAAUCAGUUAAUGCUAAAUUGGUGUUUACAACUCAAAAGAAAGGUCAGACAGUGCAGAACUGGAGAUCAGACUUAAUAUGGUGUUAAGAUACAGCAGAAAAUUAACUAAGUUGUCCAGUGUAUUUUCUUUUCCCUCCCAUACAUACAACUGCACUGUUUGGACUGGAUUCUAGUUGUAGAACCCAGUUUCCACCCUGGAUCUUCCAUCACAUUCUCUAAGCAGGGUUGUUCUGGUUCUCAAAACCUCCAUCUGGGUGACAUCAGAGCUGUAGAUUUCACCAUUUCCUCUGUCGUGGUUUUGUCUGGCUGUACAGCAAAAAAAAUCAGUUAUUCUGCACUCCUCUUAGCUCAGUCCCAAUAGUAUUAACAUCUGCUUUGUGACUGCAUGCAUUCCCUGGCAUGAGGUUUGUACAUUAGCACGCAGUUUGCAUUUUAGUCCACGUCCCUUUUUUCAGUUCAGAGGCCCAAGAUGAGUUUAGCUGCAGCUAUGCAUGUCUCUGGUGGAUAUGGAGCUAGCUGUGUGGAUGUUGUCCAGAGCAGUUGAGGUUCCGUCAGAGCCACACUGCUUCCUUUUUCAUUCCACAGCCGCAGUAACUUUCCCAGAACAGGAAACUCCCUUCAGGACUGCUUUCAGCUUUUCAGAGCAGUAUUGUGUGACCUAAGCUGCUUGAGCUUAUACUUUUUACCUUCCAUUUUUCCUAUUUAAACUACAAAUUGACACUUAGAUAAAUGAAUAAUUAGCAUUUUUAGAUAUGACUUAGAUGUGCUGGUUGACAGGGUACUUGCCAAAUGAUAAAUGUAGAAUUUGGUCUUCUAAAGCGUCCGACUCUUUUCACCACCUUAGUUGUGGUGCCUAUUAUUACAGCGACUCAUUUUUAAGAACCAAGAUUUCUAUAUCGAUGCGUUUUGUAUAUCAGGACCCCAAUGAUUGCCAUGCCAUGACUCGACAAUGCAGUUGCUAAAUAGCUUCAAACAAUCGCUCUCUUCUUGAGCUGUAUUUGUAUUAAUCACCCUUUCUUCCACACACGUCAGAGAUGCGACAGGCUGUUUUCUUUGUUUUUCUCCAACUCCCUCCAUCAGUGUGCUCUCCAAUGUAUUUGAGACCCUGUGAAGGGCCGCUGCUUCUGUGCUUGACUCUGGGUUGGAUCAUGUGUGACUCACACAAAAGUGGUCAAGAGGACCGUAGAGCUCGUUUAACGCUUGUGUGUGUGUGUGUGUGUGUGAUGUUACCAUUAUGCCUUACAUGUUUUCCAGGACUAAUAAAAGAGCAUAACAAAAAAGA